UCAUUUCCGGGAAGAGGAGCCGCUCUUUGUUAGCUGCAACAUGGAGGCGACUAGGGGAACUGAGAAGCCGGUUUCCGGGGAACUGAUAUCAGUGGCACAUGCUCUUUCUCUCCCAGCUGAGUCUUAUGGCAACGAUCCUGAUAUUGAGAUGGCUUGGGCCAUGAGGGCAAUGCAGCAUGCUGAAGUCUACUACAAGCUAAUUUCAUCAGUUGACCCACAAUUCCUAAAACUCACCAAAGUGGAUGACCAAAUCUAUUCUGAAUUUCGGAAAAAUUUUGAGAAACUCAGGAUAGAUGUAUUGGACCCAGAAGAACUCAAAUCAGUAUCAGCUAAAGAGAAGUGGAGGCCAUUCUGUUUGAAGUUUGAUGGAGUUAUAGAAGACUUCAACUAUGGUACUUUGCUGCGACUGGAUUGUUCUCAAGGCUACACUGAGGAAAACACCAUCUUUGCUCCCAGGAUACAAUUUUUUGCCAUUGAAAUUGCCCGCAACCGGGAAGGCUAUAACAAAGCAGUUUACACCAGCCUUCAGGACAAAGAAGAAGAGAAAAGAACCAACAAAGGAGGAGAAAAAGAAAAAGAAGCCAACAGAGGCAUCAACAAAAGUGGUGAAACAUCUAUGUAAGGUAGAAAGGGAAUAGCAUUCUAGAAACUGUGACUCAACUGAGUCUACAGGUACCAUGAUGAUACUUAUACAGAUCCCCAUGGUUAAAUGUAUGCCUUUGUUCAAUUGGACAUGCAGAAGGACAUUUUUUAUAGCCUAAUAAUCAGGAGCUGCUCUGGUUGUUCUCUUGUAUGAACUGGCUUAAAGAUUAUGAGUAGGGUCAUAGUUGAUUGUUUCUUGGUAUAUUUUUUCUUGGUUUUCUCCACCAGUCAAGUAAGAAAUUUUGUAAAUAAAUUUAUUUUGGUUCUUAUGGCUGUCUAUAUCUGAUUAACUUUUAAAAA